GCGAGCUGCCGGAGGUUGACGCGUUCGGGGAGAGGGACGCGGGGAUGAUGGACAGCAGCGGGCAGUGGCUGGCGCAGCUGGAGGAGCGCGCGGAGCGCCAGAGGCGAUGGCAGGACCGCAUCGCGCGCAAACAGAGCGAACGGGAUCGAGCGAACGGGCGACCGGCUCCCGGGGAACACAGCGACGCGACGCUUCCGGACGCUUUCGCGGCGCAUCGCGCCAAGAAGGAGGCGGAGUGGACCGAAGAGAUCGCGACGCUCGGCCUCGGACGCGACCGAAGCAAAUGCCUCGGACCGGAGCACAAGAUGCUCGCGUGCGUCACGUCCUACGGGGACAAGGAUCCACGGGCGAUCAACACCCUGAUCGCCAACUACGCGGACGCGCACGAUCGGUUCGGGAUGGACGUCGACGUCGUGGUGUGGGUAUCGGACCCGAGGUACGCCACCUUUCGAACCGAUUGGGGACCUGGCGUCAACGUCCACGUCAGCGUGGGCGACGGCUCGCUCGGACACGACUUCGCCGGCCUGUGCCGCGAGACGGUCAGGCCGCACCUCCACCGCGACGAGUACACCCACUACCUGGUCAGCGAGAACGACAUCAACGUCACGUCAAGCAACAUGGAGGCGCUGUGCCGGGAGCACAGGCACCUCAACGCCACGGGCCGCGACGACCUGCACCCGAUGCUGGUUCGCUACGAGGACUUGGUGGACAAACGCGGGAAGUAUCACAGGGUGGUGGUGGACGAGAACUACUGCAACCCGCCACAGGUGAAGCGCGUGGAGUGGCACGGCGGGCAGCGGUACGUCGUGCCGAGGAACCCGUACGCGGCGAUGUUCUUCCUCCCUGCGGAGCGGUACCGGAGUUACGUGUCCAAACUGGAGCGGGGCAUCGCCAUGUUGCGGCUGGAGGACCCCGCGCACGAGCCGUGGAUCGACUCGUACUGGACCAAGAACGUCCCGUACGGGGUGGAUUGGUACCCCGGCGGUUUGGUCAGGGAGUGGUACUCGAGCUUCUGGUUCCAGGGGUUCACCACCGCGGUUAUACCCAUGGACACGUUCGGCGAGAUGAUGGUGCAUCACAUGGACGACGGCAAGUACGCGGCGAGCGGUAACUUGCCCGAGGAGCGCGCGUUCGUCGGCGCCGCGAGGCGGUGGAGGGGGGUGCCGACGAGCGUUUCCGACAUCGGGUACGAGUUCGACGGGCACAGGCGGCGGUGCGACGAGGUGCUCAACUGAUCGUCGUCGGGGAAGAGUGUGUGUCGGGAGACGUCGAUUCCGUCUCUCGUGCGUUUUGUAACCUCCGGCCGUUUUAGCUUGAUCGGUGAUUUGAUAGACAAAAUGCAAUUUGAUGCACGACUGCUUUC